ACAGAUACAAUACCGUACUUUUUCAAACCAGCGCUGCGCGCUUGAACUGUUGACUCCAAAGUUGAUUCUCACUUUUAAAUGGGUCUUUUUGCAUGAUAACCCUCGUAUAUGCGCAAGAUAAAGUGAGGAAUAUCAUUCGAACUAAAUAAGGAGGACAGGAUGUGUGCCGCUGUAUCGCCGAGUCAUUGUGGAGUAGAUGUGUGCGUAGAUGAAGAUGUGUUGAACAAUGCACCUCACUGCCCCCACGGACCAACUCUUCUGUUUGAGCGAUACACACCAGGAAAGGACACAAGCCAACGUUACUAUGCCUGCUCAGCCUGUCGGGAUAGGAAGGAUUGUGGAUUCUUUCAGCUCCAUACCAAUGCUGAGAUCAUCUCGGACUUCAAGAAACAGAUGAGAGAAGAGUACAACCGCUCCAGACAACCGUGGAAGCGACAGGAGGAUUUUUACCAGAGAUUCAUCACAACAGAGAGUCUUGAUGAGAAUGAGAGAAUGUUCUGCUAUGAUUGUCAGCUGCUUGUUCUACCAGAUGAACUGCCAAUACACAGAAAACAUUGCACCAAGAGGGGUAUCACACAGACAGACUUAGCAAGGCCUAGCUACCUGAUGGAAGCCAUUGAGAACAAUAAAACUAAUGCUCAAUACCUAUUUUCAACCAAAUCGGUGAAAUUCCUUGUCCAGACACUAAGAAAUCUUGGCUUUAAGAGGGUACUUUGUGUGGGUGUUCCAAGGUUGCAUGAAGUCAUCAUUCAGAAUAGUUCUUCUGGUUUGGAGAGUCUACUACUCGAUAUUGAUCAUCGAUUUGGUCAAUUUUACCCACCCUCUCAGUUUUGCCGAUAUAACAUGUUCAACCAUUACUUCCUGGAUGGUCCAACAAGUCAGGAGAGAUGCAAGGAGUUCCUCCGAAGGGACGACGGUGAGGGUGUCGUCAUGGUAACAGACCCGCCCUUUGGAGGCAUGGUGGAUGCUCUGGCUUCAGGGGUGAGGUGGAUCAUGGAAAUGUGGAGGUCAAAUGUCACACAUGUUGGACGAGCUCUACCUGUAAUGUGGAUAUUUCCCUAUUUCUUGGAGCACAGGAUCAAAGAGAGCAUUGAAGGAUUAAAAAUGCUUGAUUAUAAGGUGGAUUAUGAUAACCAUCCUCUGUUUAAAGGAGGACCGGAUGGCAAGAAGAAAGGAUCACCAGUCAGGAUCUUUACGAACCUUGAUCCAGCUAAAAUAGAAUUACCAACAUCCGAAGGAUACAGAUUCUGUAAGGAAUGCCACCGGUACGUAGCCGCUGAAAAUGUUCACUGUUCCAAGUGUCAAGAGUGCCCUUCUAAGAAUGGUACCACAUACGUCCACUGUGAGAUCUGCAACAAAUGCGUCAAACCAUCUUUCAGCCACUGUAUAAAGUGUAACAUCUGUGAGCUGCCAAGUCAUAACUGUGAAAAGGUCCAAGCUGGUUGCCAUGUGUGUGGGGCACUAGACCAUAAGAGGAAAGAUUGCCCUAAGAGAGUAUCAUCAAAGAAAAGGUCAUAUGAGGAGGCUGUGAGCAGUGAUGCCAGCAAGCUAUUAACCUGGCCAAAGCGUAAGAAGAAGGCUCCUGCACUGUCCUCGGUACUCCGUCAAUUCAGACCCGUAGAAGAACAGGCUUUAGGGACACCACAGGCAGCAGCUCUUCUGAACACCAGCAAAAACCCAGAUGAGACUGUAGUCCGGUCUCCAGGAUCGUUAGGAAGCCCAUGUCUCAGUACUACAGGAUCAUCUAUACUGCAGUUGACGCCCAUUGUACAAAACACCACAAGCUCUGGUGAUACUGGUGGAAGGACAGUUCAACCUAAUGGUUCUUUCAAGCAAUCGCCAUGUCCGUCCAGAGUUGACGGUAAUGACAACAUCCUUGAAGGGUCCAUCAAUGGAUCAGCUUAUAGUGCAGGGAGCAGUGUGGAUGGGAGCCCUCAUAGUUUAAAAAUGGGACAGUCUCUGCCAAGCCUGAGUGGUAUCGGAUUAAAAGAGAUGAGGAAAGAAAAGGUUGGUAUAAAGCAAAUGUCUAAACUGAAGAAUAAAAAGAAGAAACUAAUGGAGAGGAUUGAGAAGAUGCGCAUGAAAAGAAAGAUUAGAUUAAAACUGUAAAUCUAAGAUAUAUUUCAUCAAUGAUUUGAUAUGUAAGCAAUUAUCACUGCCUCCAUCUACUAAGCGUGUGCCUGCUUUGUAUGGAACUUACAGAUAGUGUAACGUUGCAAUCAUAGUACAUGUAACUACCGUGGUCACUGCUAUUGUAAUAUGGCUCAACAGCUAAUAAAAUCAAGGUUCCAUGGUAUUUGCCAUAGUGGCAAAGUCACCUUAAUCAUAAGUCUACAGGAAAUAGGGCCCUUGACAGACCAAUAUUUUUGCUACUGUGUUGACAGUUCUGUCAAUUAUUUAUAAUUUACACUAAAGCUAGUGCAAACCAUUACAGAAAUGUAAUUGAUCACAAAUAUUAAUUUGUGUUACAUGGUCCUGAAGUCCUAUUAAUUGUAAUAUCAAUAUCAAGUUGAAACACAACUGUCAAUGAUUAACCUGUCAAACAGUAUAUGCAACCCUUUUUCCAAAUGAUAUAUUUUUUUCGGAAAGGGAAGGUAUAGUAUUUGUAAACGCCAGAAAGGAAUUUUAUUUGAUUUCUGAAAAGUACAUAUUACACCAUAUGUUUCAGACCUUUACAUUCUGCAUUCCAUUUUGUAUUCUAGAAAUACAAAACCAAGGGGACAUUACCCCUCUGACAUUGUCUAAACUUUUAAAUAGGAUUUCCGUUCAUUAUAUACCAUGCUGUUGCAAAAUUUUACAGCUUUCAGUGUUCAAAUAGUUUCUGCAAUUCCAAAAGUAAUGAUUUUGUGUAAUUAUAUGUAACUUUAAAUCUAUGUAUGGUUGGAAUGGAAGAAGCAUUUUUAGUUGAUGUAUGUAUUCAUUAUCUGUUUGAAAUAUGUUGUCCUAUGAUACAGAAGUGAAAAUACAAUGUAUGAACAUUUAGAUUACCAAAGUCAUCGAUUGAAAGCUUUAUAGUGAAGAAAAGUAUUUAUAACACAUGAGAUAUUUGUAUAGCCAUAGUGUAUGAUGUAUGAGAGCAAAGGAUAAGUGCCAUAUAAAUUAUUUCAAUGAAUUUUAAGUCAAGUGUUGAACUCCUGCCUCAUAUUAGUGUUUUGGAGUUAAUUCACAGUAUGAAAAAAUCUUUUGACCACCAAAUUUUUUUUUUUGGGUAGAAAGUUAAUACUAUUUGUUUGCUAUUUCACACAGUGUUAAGUAUUACUUAAGUCAUGCUUACAUGUAAGUUCCGAAGCACAUUUGAUAUCUCGUCAUGUGGAUGCAAGAACGCCCGUAGCAAAACAUUUCUGUGCACGGCAUCAGUGCAGAUAUGCACUUUAUGCAAUAUGCGUGCGGCUUAGGGCUUUUUGCGCGCAUGAAAGUGUGUUAUUAAAGGCGUUCUUGCACCGACAUGACAAUCUAAUACUUAAUCUCAUUGAUGAAUGCAAGGUACCAUGGAUCAUCUGAUGAUGAUGAUCUAACCAAUGUGGUGAUGUGUUUUAGUCACAUAUGUCUCUGAGACGAUGCCCAGGUUUAAAGUGAUUGGUUAACAUUGGUUUGACUUUUUUUAAAUCUGAGCUAGAAGGUCACACUUGUCACCUGUGUCUGUGAUAUGUUACAAAAAUGAAGCCCAGAAAAAAAUUGCGUUUGAAAAUGAUUAUUUAGUGCUUCAAAAAUUGAAAUAUAAAGUGACUGAAAACACCAUCUUAAUUUCAUCCCAUACACUUAUGUGUACUAUUUAGGCGUCUAUAAGACGCCUAUUUACAAAAUCGGGGUUUGCCUUGUAGUUUUAGCUUUUCAUUCUCAAUAAUGGUUGUUUUCAGGGUUUAUUAGUUCUAAUACAUGCACUUGUACACAUGUUUCAUCUUGGUUUGAGAAUUUUUUAAAUCGGCUGCUCACAAAGUGUAAUAAACAAUACCUUUAAGUUUUCAAGAAAUAAUAACUGGGUUCACAUAAUUUUUUAAAUGUCAGGAGCCUGCUGUAAAUAAAUUAGAAAAAAACAGACUAAGUUUGAAAAUCAGUAUUUUACACUAAGCGGUAUGUCAGAAAUGUGGUAUAAAGACAUGUUUUAAAUUGUUCCAUGAUAUUUGCUCUGGUGAAAAUUGCUCCGAUGGAAAAUCUGCACGUUAAGCCAAACAUAAACUCUAACCUCCAAAACUAAAUAAACCCCCAGUCCUUAUCUUUGCAUUAUUCUGAACCUCUUUUUCAAUCCUAACUCUUAACCCUAUUCCCUCUUAGAUAAUAUGACCCAGAGCAAAUGUCGCAGGAGCAAAUGUCGUGCCACAGUCUUGAUUAUGUAGGCUUAAUGGUUGGUAAUUCUGCAAGCUAAUGUAUCAUUUAAAAAAAUAAGAUAGUAUCAUGAAAUAUUUACUAUUCACCAUUAUGAUUAAUCAUAUUGCAUUAUUUUGGGAGCUUAGAACAGUAGCUUGUAACUUGCCAAUGAUGUUAUGCUAAUGAUUUAUGUUCGCUACAUAUUUAUUGGUAAAACACCUACUGAAAUGACAAAUAGACCAUCACUUCAGUACAUGUAUAUUUUGAAUGCUCCUUCUUGCUUUCAUGGAAACAAUUAUUUGCAUUCAUGCUUCUUUAUCUUUUGAAUUUAAAUGUUGGAGAAACAGUAAAAGAGAUAUCUAGUUUUAAGUUUUGCCUUAAGAAAAGAUGUAUGCUGUAUGCCAUCAUGCUCAUGAUUUUUAUUGAUAUCAGGGUGAGGGAGAAGUGUUAAUAAUCUGCAGGGUUGAAAAUGGUGUUUUGUAUAAUUAUGUUUCUGUCAAUUGGGAUACAUAUAUAUGAAUUGCAUGAAUAAUAAUCAUGUGCUCUAAUUAGAAAGCAGUUAAAAAUAUUGUUUUUAUAUAAAGUACAAAUAUUUUUCGAAAAUGUAUUAAGGUGUUGAUUAUGCAGAGAGAAUAUGUUAGCUGUCGGUGUAAAGCAAUGUAAUUUUCAGAGAAGCUGCGUGAAGUGUUAGAUUGUAAAUCAUACAAUUUACCAAACCGAUCGUGAAACAUGGUAGUCACUGUACAUGAAAUUAUUCAUGGUUAAUGGCACUGUUUUUUCUCAUAUGUAGUAUGUCUAGUGCAAUUUCAAAUGUGAUUACAAAUACUUGUUAUUUUUCUGCAUGAAAUGUGUAUAAUUACAAAGUUUUGAUACAAGUUAAAAAGUGGAUUUUGGAUUCACACUAACUCGACAUGUAAUUGUUAAAAUUACUAUAUGCUCUAGUCUUCCAUUGUAACACUUUUGUUAAUAUCGUUUUUGCAUAAAAAGCUAUAGUACAUUUCUUCUAUUGAAGUUAUGGACCUUUUUUAAUCAUUAAAAUGAUGUGUUAAACUUUUUCAAAAGUAAAACAAUUUGCUUCUAGUAAAAUGAGAAGUAUGCUGUAUCUCUUUCUCGUUUACGAUAUCCAACCUCAUGUUAAUGAAAUGGAAGUCAUUGAUUAUGAGUGUUUUUUUUCUCUCCCUCUUUCUUGUAUCUCCCUUUUUCUACCACUCCUGUGUCGGUGUAUGUUAUUUCAAGCCAUAUUACAGAAUUCCAGCAAUUUGUUAUACUGCCCCCUUUGUUCCAGUUUCUAGCAAUGCUCUUUAUAAUCAGCAUACGAGACUGAUGAAUUUAAAUUUUUAUGUGCUUUAUCGAAAGAGAUGUAAAUGUAUUUGAUUGCUUUAUAAUAAUACAUGUGUAUUAAUUGAAUGCCUAAUUUGAAAAGAAAUGCAAAGUCUCUAACUUGUAUGUUUUCAAACUGAAGUGAAAGAAAUGAGCAAAAUAAAACUUUCUUUAUAACCUAUUGUAAUAAUAAUAAUAAACAUAACAUACAUGCAAAUUGUGCACCAUCUAUCUAGUAAACUAUUCUUACUUCUACCGUCUGAGCAAUUCAAGUGAUUAUCUUUAUCUUUGCAAAUGUUAGUAUUAUGAACUUCAAUGGAGUCGGGUGAUGAUGUGAAACUAAUUGUCGAUUACUUCUUGUUCUCAAUGAAUUUUCUAAAUUAUCCUAAAUGAUCAACUGAAAUUCAAAGAAAAUUGCCUAAUUCAAGGUAUGCUUGUAAAUAUUACAAAAGUGAAAAUAUAA